AUGCUGUUAUUAGUUAGAAAUCUAAACUGUUCAUUCAAAACCCAGUAUUGGUAUAAAAAUAUACCAUUUGUUUGUUGUUCGUGUCUACUUCGAUCACUAGUUUUCCAAAGUUUGGCUGCAGAGCCACAGCACAGCUGUAUCACUGUGGCAGGAAGCACGGGCUGCAGAGCCACAGCGCAGCUGUAUCACUGUGGCAGGAAGCACGGGCUGCAGAGCCACAGCGCAGCUGUAUCACUGUGGCAGGAAGCACGGGCUGCAGAGCCACAGCGCAGCUGUAUCACUGUGCAGGAAGCACGGGCUGCAGAGCCACAGCGCAGCUGUAUCACUGUGGCAGGAAGCACGGGCUGCAGAGCAGCUCACUGUGGCAGGAAGCACGGGCUGCAGAGCCACAGCGCAGCUGUAUCACUGUGGCAGGAAGCACGGGCUGCAGAGCCACAGCGCAGCUGUAUCACUGUGACAGGAAGCACGGGCUGCAGAGCCACAGCGCAGCUGUAUCACUGUGGCAGGAAGCACGGGCUGCAGAGCCACAGCGCAGCUGUAUCACUGUGGCAGGAAGCACGGGCUGCAGAGCCACAGCGACAGCUGUAUCACUGUGGCAGGAAGCACGGGCUGCAGAGCCACAGCACAGCUGUAUCACUGUGGCAGGAAGCACGGGCUGCAGAGCCACAGCGCAGCUGUAUCACUCAGGAAGCACGGGCUCAGAGCCACAGCGCACUAUACUGUGGCAGGAAGCACGGGCUGCAGAGCCACAGCGCAGCUGUAUCACUGUGGCAGGAAGCACGGGCUGCAGAGCCACAGCGCAGCUGUAUCACUGUGGCAGGAAGCACGGGCUGCAGAGCCACAGCACAGCUGUAUCACUGUGGCAGGAAGCACGGGCUGCAGAGCCACAGCGCAGCUGUAUCACUGUGGCAGGAAGCACGGGCUGCAGAGCCACAGCGCAGCUGUAUCACUGUGGCAGGAAGCACGGGCUGCAGAGCCACAGCGCAGCUGUAUCACUGUGGCAGGAAGCACGGGCUGCAGAGCCACAGCGCAGCUGUAUCACUGUGGCAGGAAGCACGGGCUGCAGAGCCACAGCACAGCUGUAUCACUGUGGCAGGAAGCACGGGCUGCAGAGCCACAGCGCAGCUGUAUCACUGUGGCAGGAAGCACGGGCUGCAGAGCCACAGCACAGCUGUAUCACUGUGGCAGGAAGCACGGGCUGCAGAGCCACAGCGCAGCUGUAUCACUGUGGCAGGAAGCACGGGCUGCAGAGCCACAGCGCAGCUGUAUCACUGUGGCAGGAAGCACGGGCUGCAGAGCCACAGCGCAGCUGUAUCACUGUGGCAGGAAGCACGGGCUGCAGAGCCACAGCGCAGCUGUAUCACUGUGGCAGGAAGCACGGGCUGCAGAGCCACAGCGCAGCUGUAUCACUGUGGCAGGAAGCACGGGCUGCAGAGCCACAGCGCAGCUGUAUCACUGUGGCAGGAAGCACGGGCUGCAGAGCCACAGCGCAGCUGUAUCACUGUGGCAGGAAGCACGGGCUGCAGAGCCACAGCGCAGCUGUAUCACUGUGGCAGGAAGCACGGGCUGCAGAGCCACAGCGCAGCUGUAUCACUGUGGCAGGGGCGCAGCACGAACGCUGCCCACAGCGCAGCUCAGUGCAGAAGCGGGCUGCAGAGCCACAGCGCAGCUGUAUCACUGUGGCAGGAAGCACGGGCUGCAGAGCCACAGCGCAGCUGUAUCACUGUGGCAGGAAGCACGGGCUGCAGAGCCACAGCGCAGCUGUAUCACUGUGGCAGGAAGCACGGGCUGCAGAGCCACAGCGCAGCUGUAUCACUGUGGCAGGAAGCACGGGCUGCAGAGCCACAGCGCAGCUGUAUCACUGUGGCAGGAAGCACGGGCUGCAGAGCCACAGCGCAGCUGUAUCACUGUGGCAGGAAGCACGGGCUGCAGAGCCACAGCGCAGCUGUAUCACUGUGGCAGGAAGCACGGGCUGCAGAGCCACAGCGCAGCUGUAUCACUGUGGCAGGAAGCACGGGCUGCAGAGCCACAGCGCAGCUGUAUCACUGUGGCAGGAAGCACGGGCUGCAGAGCCACAGCGCAGCUGUAUCACUGUGGCAGGAAGCACGGGCUGCAGAGCCACAGCGCAGCUGUAUCACUGUGGCAGGAAGCACGGGCUGCAGAGCCACAGCGCAGCUGUAUCACUGUGGCAGGAAGCACGGGCUGCAGAGCCACAGCGCAGCUGUAUCACUGUGGCAGGAAGCACGGGCUGCAGAGCCACAGCGCAGCUGUAUCACUGUGGCAGGAAGCACGGGCUGCAGAGCCACAGCGCAGCUGUAUCACUGUGGCAGGAAGCACGGGCUGCAGAGCCACAGCGCAGCUGUAUCACUGUGGCAGGAAGCACGGGCUGCAGAGCCACAGCGCAGCUGUAUCACUGUGGCAGGAAGCACGGGCUGCAGAGCCACAGCGCAGCUGUAUCACUGUGGCAGGAAGCACGGGCUGCAGAGCCACAGCGCAGCUGUAUCACUGUGGCAGGAAGCACGGGCUGCAGAGCCACAGCGCAGCUGUAUCACUGUGGCAGGAAGCACGGGCUGCAGAGCCACAGCGCAGCUGUAUCACUGUGGCAGGAAGCACGGGCUGCAGAGCCACAGCGCAGCUGUAUCACUGUGGCAGGAAGCACGGGCUGCUCACGUACGUGGUUGCGACUGA